UGUAGCAUCUGUACCUUACAAUAUAAAGUGCCUCGAGGCAGCUGUUCUUGUGAUUUGGCGUUAUAGAAACAAAAUUUAAAUGAAACUGAAUUAACUAUCUUAAUAUUUGAAAGCAUCCACCCUAUAUAUGAUAGUAAUGGGUCUUCUUUAAGCUAUAAUUUCAGUGUCACUGUGUGAGGGUUGCAAUAGCUGAGGCUAAGGUGUUUUGUGAGAGGAGCAGUAGGUGUCAUUACUUUGGAGAAAGUGUCAUAGAGCAGAGGUUUCUCAUUUUACGAUAAGCAUCAGUCAAACAUCUUCACCGUAUUUUCAACAUGCUUUAAUUUUCACAUUGCCACUUUUUCAUUAGUUUAAUGGCCCACGCAUUUUCCCAUUUAAAGUUUAUUACAUCCCUCUUUAUCAGUAGUCACCUGUGUGUGUAUGUGUUUCAUUAAUGACUUAAUGUGUUGGAACUAAACUGUUUUUGUAGCUUUGGCUCAUAUUAUCUCAGUGGAAACUAUAUAAAAGCCCAUUUUCUGAAAGCAACACAUCGUAGUAAGCAGUCUACAAAUUUCUCUGGAAAUUUUUCCCCUCUGCUUUAAAGACGUUUUAUUCAAAGGUCAUCAUGAAGGCUUUGUUGUUCAAACUUCUGAUCAUCUGCCUGCUGGGAGCCCUGCAUGCAAAACCAGAAGAGAUGGCUGAAGACGAGCAGAACCUGAGGAAGAGGUACGCUGAGUCUACCAUCGCCAGCGAAUUCAGCAAAAUCAUGGAUUCAAUGGUGCAGAAAAACUUUAUCAAGUUCCUGCUCAGCCAAAGGCAGAAGAAAACCAAGCCUGCUGAUGCUGGGAAGGAUUUAGAGGAACAUCAGUACAACGACUUGCUGAAGCUCAGCCUGCAGGAGAAGCAGGGGAGAAACAUUUAGGCUGUGAGGAUCCAGAAGGAUGCAGUGGCACUGUGGAGACCUCAUCUCAACUCUUCUUCAUCUUUAACUCUGUGAUGGACAAUCUGUAGGUCUACUAGUGUAAAACUGUGAAUAUUUGUCCCGUGCAAAAGCUCUAUUUGUGUAAUGCAGUCUUCACAUAAAUGAAUAAAGUUAUUAUCUAAAAAUCACUGAAUUGUACUUCUCAGAGUCUUUGAACCUGAAAUACUGGAGAUAGUAUAACUAUAACACCCUGAUAACUGUUGCUCCGUUUCAAAAUAAUUGUAGUCCUAAAUCAAUCAACACACUACUAAUAUCACGCUGUAACUCUUUACACUGCAAAACCUGUCACCUAACACCUGCUGGUUGUUUUUCCCCCACGUUAUUCAAUAAAUUAUAUUUUUUCUGUUUUAUUAAAUGACAUAUAUUUUAUUUUCUAUGUUCAUUAAAACAUCAUUAAAAAUAAAUAUGUGUGUGUGAACUUGAAAUGAAGCUGGUAAUCUGUACGGUGUAUUCUUUCUACAUAUUAUUAUAUUGUAUUGCUUUUAGAGUUUUACUUAUUUAGGGUCCUUAUUUUUUUUUUUUAUUAUUUUG